AUGAAGCCUCUGACACUGCUGGUGUGCAUCUGCACACUGAGUGCUUGCUUCUCACUCAGUGAAGGUCAAAAAAAGCCACGGAAAAUAUAUCACAGAAAGAAUGAUGUCCAACAACUUACAUUAGAACGCCAAUUACUAACGAUUCCAAAAUUUCCAACUAACUGGAAUCUAUUAAUUAAAAGGCAUUUAAUUUCUGCUCCAUACAAAUACCCAAAGCCUUCACAUACAAAAAGGAGAAAGCCAAAGCCAAAACGUCCCCUGCCAUUUAAGUGUCCAGAGAAAAGUAAAACUGUGGACAGUAACGCCUCAGCGACUACCACCUCAGCGGCUACCACUCAAAUCCCAUCUUUCAGUCCCACAUCUCCAGGUGUGACUCCACUUAUUGCUACAACCACAUCUGCAGGACAAGGUAACACGAGCUCCCCUGCAGCUACCCCAUCACCACAACCUUCCCCAACUUCGCCAGACACCACAGCUGCCCCCCCUACAUCUUCCCUACCUACACUAGCACCAGAACCUUCCUCAACUCCACUGGGCACCACAGCUGCCCAAGAUACCACACCUAAUCCUUCCCCAACCAGUUCUAUACCUGAAACUAACCAAACUACAGCUGCACCCACAAUCGAAAUUACCACUCCGGCCACUACUCAAAAUACUACUGUUGAACAAACAACCUCACCUUCCAUCCCAAAUGCAAAUUCUCAAUUCUGGCAAUAUAUUUAUGAGCUACUAAAGUACAUUUCUGGUGUUCCACCAAAGAAAUAG